GUGGUUAGGUCUGAAGAAGGAUAAGAUUUGCAACGACUUCGUUGCCCAUUGUAAGGUUGAAGCCUUUUUUUUUCCCAUUCCACAUGGACCAACUCCCGUGCCGAUCGGUCGAUCCAAGUUCCUCGAAAUAGUUUUUUCCAACGUUGGAACAUAGGACAUUCCCUCCCUUUUUCAUCUGGAAAACCAUCCGGAGUAGAUUGAACGGACUUCAACGGUCGAGGCGUGAACCAGGGACUAUUACAUCACCCGCCCCUUUUGGCGUUCUUUUCCCUCCCCACCAACUCUCGAAACCCCGCUGAGUUCUUCCUUUCUCUUUUCCUCCUUCGAAUCACCUGCACUAAGUGCCCGCGGACGCCACGUAUGCCGGGCGCGUUACGAGGCAGCUGCCCUCUGCCCUCUGCCUGACUCGAGCGAAUGACUUACGACUUUCAUGCCGAAUCGACCUUGAGCCUCAUUCCUUACACCUUUAACCCCGGGAGGAUCUAAUUUUCUCCCAAGCAUGGGGUCAGCAUAUAAUCCCGAUGGCGAUCCAAGUCCUUUAUCGUCUCCGUUGGGUCCUCUCUCCGAGUCGCCAGAAUCGGAGUCGGGGUUUCAGAGACUUUCCAUCCAAACGGCCGACCACACCUUAAGGAGCUCGGUGUCGUCGGGAUAUGACCCUCUUUCAAGUAGAUCCCCAUUAUUCGAGAGCGAACAUGGACUUGGUCCGACCGGGCUGGAUCGUAUACGCCAGCAACCUUCCCGGGUUUUGACCCUGCCGAACCUGUCGACAUCGUCUUUAACGCCUAUGAACGUGCCCCGACCACCCCCGUCGAUGCGUUCCAGUUCGUCAUCGAGAGCUCAUACUGGUCGCAUGACAACGAGCCAGGAGUUUGGAGACCUGGAGGACCUACACCGAUUCCCGUUGGAAUCGUUACAUUCAUUUUCUUUCGCUCAGCAAUCGGAGGAGUUGCUGCAAAGUCGGCAAAACAUUCUCAAACGUUCGAUGGAUUUCAUGAGGGAUCGCAUGGGAUGGGCUGCCAGUAGUGCCGCGAUCGCCAAUGCCCAGGCAAACAUGAGCGGCGACUCGGACAUCCAGAGUAUGAUGGACCUAUUGACCCGGGCCCAUGUUCUUGAUGACGAAUCUCUCAACAAUGGACGAGGCCCCAUUACUGGACCUGCAGAUGUGAAUGGCGACAAUAUCUUCGAGCGGGCCUUUUCGGACCACAGCUCAUCACCCGUCAGUGCUCGAAAUUCAAGCCUGGAACCUUUUCCAGAAUCACAGGCAACAUCCGACAGCAGCUCCCAAAUGUUGAGUCCCAUCACCUCUCAUGACCGUAUCCCGCCGUCCAGGACGGACCUGAAAUCGGCGCCGGCGUCCAGGCGCGUAAGCUUAAAACGUACAUACACGGACCUCAACUCUGUCGGCCUCAAAAGCAAGCUGAUGGAAACUCUAGCGCAACCAUAUUCUUCCACGGACCCCUUUGCGUCUUUGGCCUCCUCCGCCACUGGAUUAGGAUUCCCAAUUCCGGCCCUGCAUACCCAUAGCAGCAAAUGGACCCCUGUUUCUCAGGCCGUGUUCCGCACCGAAGCCCAAGCACCAUGGACUAUUUUUGCAGCUAAUGAUCUCUCCUGUCUCGUAUUCGGGGUCACGCAAUCCGAAGUCCGUCGUCUCAGUAUCUUAGAGGUCGUACAGCAAGAGCACAGGCAAUGGCUCGAGGCCAAGCUUCAAGAUCCCAGCACCGAUGCCGCGGCGCGUACACCACUCCAGCCAGAAAGGGCCAAUAUUCGGGCGGUAAACCCUAAGUUUCGAGGCCUAGGGAAUGGCGUCACUGCGCAGCUGCUCAAUAAACCAUCAUCGCGCGAGAAGUCUCGCAGAGCGCAGACCGAUGAUGGAUAUGGUUCCAGCACGCGGAAUCCUCGCAACGCUAAUCAUCCGGGCAACAAAUCCCGAGGAGUUCUGCUUUGUGGUGACGUCGUUCCCAUCCAAAAGCGCAAUGGCACUAAAGGAUCGGCUAGCGUAUGGGUCAUGGAGAAGCGCGGUGGCUUGAUAUGGGUGUUGGAGGAAAUCACGGAGAAUGCGGCCUCUGUCAAAUGCGAUGAGAAUUGGCAUGUCAUAAGUGUCAACGGGGAUGUGGACAAGAUCUGGGGUUCAUCCGUAGUGCGCAAGGGCCAGUCGAUUACUGAACUAUUACCUCGCCUACCAACCGAGUCUCUCGCAACCUCACCAGAGAAGGGAAUGGCCCGAAUCGCGGACUUAAAGCAUUUCGCUGCAAACACAGCAGCCGGUGUGUGUAUUCCAGUGACGGUGGGUAAGGCGGAGGGUGCUCGCACCUUGCAAGUGUCAAGUUUCCCCCAUGUCGCAGGCAUGAUGGUGCUGUCUUCUUCGUCACUCAACGUGAUCAGUUCGAAUUCCGUAUUUUCAUCAGCUCUGUUUGGCCAAGACCGUCCCGAGGGGCGCCAUAUCACGGAGCUGAUACCCGGGUUUGAUGAGAUUCUGGAUGUGUUAACCGAGGAGGACAACGUGCCAUUGGUCGAUGGGAUUGUGAUCCCUGAACACAGUUUCCGCCGAGCGAGAACCCUGUCCAUUCUUCGAGAUGGGAAAGCAAAUGCUGCAUCUGUCUUCACUGAGCCUAGUGGUCUGUUGGCUAAGCACCGGGAUGGCUCCACUAUUGUUGUGGACGUUCAAUUGCGUGUGGUAAAGAGUGGCACGUUUUUCUCCAGAGAGCAGGCAGAGCGGCUUGUUGAAGAGAGAUCAAGUGAUUCUGAGGAUAGCGAUGACACUAUUGCGGUGACAGAGUUGGUAUACGCAUUAUGGGUUACCUAUUCAAGACAGCUUCACGCAGCUGGCCCCGCAGCUGGUAUCUCGUCUUCUUCUCUACCAACCUCAAACCCUACCUCCCCUGGUUCCUCCAACCCCGCCAAAUCUGACACCCACCCCAACCCCACUCUCAGCUCACAGACCCCUGACACCAAUCAAACUUCCGUGGAAGUCCAAGCCCCGAGCUCCACCCUUAGUCAACAACUCAGCGAAGCUGCUUCCGAGCCACUGACGGAUCGGCCCGUACAGGCCGUCCCCGAAAUGUCUUCGGGCAAGACUCGGCAAGAUACCCCCCACAAGCGAACUAUCAACGAUUAUGUGGUUCUGGAGGAGAUGGGACAAGGCGCGUAUGGCCAGGUGAAAUUAGCCCGCCUCAAGAAGGGCCCCAAUGACGAGAAGACGGUCCUCAAAUUUGUCACCAAGAAGCGAAUUCUGGUUGACACAUGGACUCGCGAUCGACGACUAGGCACGGUGCCGCUGGAGAUUCACGUUCUUGAAUUCCUUCGCCGAGAUGGCUACCGGCAUCCAAACAUCGUGGAAAUGUCGGGGUUUUUCGAGGAUGACAUAAACUAUUACAUCGAGAUGAUCCCACACGGUUUGCCAGGCAUGGAUUUGUUUGAUUACAUUGAGUUGAAGGCCAACAUGGAAGAGUCCGAGUGUCGCAGUAUUUUCAAGCAGGUUGUGAGCGCCAUCCACCAUUUGCAUACGAGAGCAUUGGUUGUGCAUCGCGACAUCAAAGAUGAGAAUGUCAUUCUUGAUGGAGAAGGAAGGAUCAAGUUGAUUGAUUUUGGCAGUGCUGCCUACAUCAAAAACGGUCCGUUUGACGUUUUUGUCGGGACCAUCGACUAUGCUGCGCCUGAGGUUCUUCAAGGCAAAUCAUACCGUGGUAAAGAACAGGACAUCUGGGCACUCGGCAUCCUUCUCUACACGAUUGUUUACAAGGAGAAUCCAUUCUACAACGUCGACGAGAUUCUUGACCACCCUCUCCGAAUUCCGUUCCUGCCUUUCUCUGAAGAAUGCAUCGACCUGAUUCGCAAGAUGCUUGAUCGUGACGUUGACAACCGCUUGACCAUUACCGAAGUGCUCGAGCACCCAUGGAUGACAGGGGAGUAAAGCCUCAUGCCACAUUUUUUUGUUAUGACACCACAAAAAGACACGAUACCCCAUGAUGUUUUGAUUUGUUUGAUGACGGGACUGGGGACUUUGGGGGAUAUUAAUCACUUCUCUCUUGUUUCUUUCGGGUCUUGGGUGGGAUAUCUUUGUUUUCUUGAGGGUUUGCACAAAAUCUAACCCAAAUGAUCCCUGCAC